GUCGGUUGCCUACUUACAGGGGUUUUGUGGCUCAUAUUGCCUACCUUUCAGGCGGCUCACAAGACACGAUUGGGGGAGGGGAUGGCCCCCUGGCCACCCCCCUAAUCCCCGCCUGAAGACACUUUAGACAAAUACAUAGAUGGGGAAACGCUUUGCUGCUUCGAUAGUUUGUGUGUUUUAACACGUUCCUUGUGGCUAAUGUUUGGCCUCUAUGAUUUAACAUGGGAGCGUGACCACAUAGUGGUCAUGUCGCAGGGAACGUGUUAACUGGAUCAGACUGCUUUGCGUUUUCACUGGCUAUCAAAUGUUUCAACUAGAGCCCUACCGACUGUCUAGAAUACCAGAUAAACAUGGGGAGUUACAAAAGAGCAGGUAUCCCACCUAGUAGCGUAGUAUGAACAUUCUUUUUUAAUUUCUGCGCCGUAAAGCACUUAGUCAAGUAUGUAGCUCUGCAGUGAACCAGGGCGCAUUUCCGCGUGACCUACGGUGCAACACUCACUCUAAUGAAAUUUGCCGGUGACCUAGUGUGGGUGUUCCUGACGCAGGGCCCCCCACACAGGCCAACACUUAACUAAUCGACUUUCGACCUCGACCACAUUGCAACGCGAGGUGAGCCCUUUGCGCCCGGCACCUCCCCCUAGUCAUGCUGGCCGCGCCCGCCGUGGCGCUCCCCCGGGGCUGCCCGGGCCCCUCGGGGUGGCUGCUCCACUGGACGCGGCAGUGGCGCGCGCUGCUCGCGCUGCUCUCCCUGAUCGGGAUGAACUGCACCAGCGGCUGGCCCCCGCGGCCCUCGCGGCGCGUCCGGUGCUACGGGGGACUGGUGCUGGUGGUCAGGACCGCGCACUGCGUCGUCGUCAUCUUGAGCAUGAAAGACAGUUACGACAGGAACAAGGACAACUACGCCAUGCUUCUGUGCCUCUGCGAGAUCGCCUUGAAAUGCGUCGUGACGGCUGCUGCGCAGUUUGUGAUGCUCAUACACUGCAAAAACGUGUGCCGGCUCACCGAGUGCGUACUGCUGUACUCCCGAUCCGGGUCGCCCACCUCGGACUGCGGCGCCAUGGUCUUCGUCGGCCCGGCGUACGCCUCCGGCCUCGGGAUGGUGCUGGGCUUGGCCGUGUACCUGAUUGCCAGCAACGCCGACGAAUCGUUGACGGAGGUGUCCUACGUCCUGGGGGAGCUGACGUCGGCCGUGCCGCUGCUCGUGUUCUGGAUCAUGCAGCUCCUGCUCACCUCCCUGAGCGUCGGCUUCGCCAGGGACGCGAGACGACACGUCGGCGGGUGGGUAUCGGAGGAGAAGGCGCGUACGGCGAUCAGACCCCCGGUUCUGCUGCCUGUCGUCUCGCUCCGGGGCCUGCGGGUGCGGCAGCAGUUCCUGCACGACAUGGUGCUGCAGCACAACUCGGCGUUCGGCUGGUGCUUCCUCUGCUGCCUUGCGCACGGCUUCAUGGAGGCCGUUAUAUGCCUGUACCUUGGCGUCUCGUAUUUUCGACGGAGUUUGGAUAAUGUUGAAGUAGUUAAGCCGCGGCUGCUCUUCAACCCCUGGUUUUUCACGUGGGGCAUCCUUCAGGUCACGAUGUUCUCCGGCAUGUGCGUCUUGGGUCAGCUGUUGAGCGACAUACACGGACGCAUUUUUUGCGACAUACAGACCGCCAGGGUAUCAAACUCGCGGUUCUGCCGUGCAACAAAGAUGGAGCUUCAGAGCUUCGCUCAGCAAAUACAGAGGCAGGACAACCGUCCUGGUAUGUUUGGCCUGCUCUACUACGACUUGACAACCAUGAAAACGGGCUUUGCAACACUGGUGACAUACAUUAUCGUCCUCUGCCAGUUCGAGCCCUAGGGGAAAACAUAGGCUAGCUAGCAAGAGACGAACUAAUGCAUUUAGUACGUACCGGCUGUGGCUCCCUGAACAACCGUCAUCCAGAUAAAAACAGUAUGUCCCCACUAUGGUCGUUUCAGGAGACAGCGCUAGCGCCUGAUACGCGCGGGGUAGGCAAACCCGCCGAGCAGCUGUGUGAAGACGGCGGCAUGCUAGCCACUAGCC